AGAAAAUAACAAGUGGAACACGGUUACCGGACGUGCUCUCAAGGUCUUUUGUCGUGGAAGUGCUAAAACAAAAUCAGGGUAGAAAGUGACAUUGCGAAACCUUGUUUGAGGGACACUUCUUCAAAUAGGUAUUCAGAUUUUGAUGAUAUUAAUACGAACAAAAUGUUUUAUAAAUUAAUACCGGUAUUAUAGUAUCCUGGUCGACGUCGACUAUGCAGAUUUUAAUAAUUUAAGUCAAUAAAACUAAAGCCUUUACUUUACUUUACUACAGUCUACAGGUUAGACAACUCUUCAACUCACUCAGUUCAAGCUAAUCACUCAAGACUGUCAGUCUAAGCACACAAUUUUAAUUAGUAUUAAUUAGUAUUAUUAAUUUCAAUUAUUUUUAAAAAGUUAUGAGAUAGUUUAUACUACUAAUAGUAAUAGUCUAGCAAUACACAUACUUCUGACUAUCACUUAUCUGCAAUUACCUACUAACUUACAAGACUGAUAAUUACUGAUACUAACUGAAAUGACUGAGUCUGAGCUAAUAAUAAUAUAAUCACUAAAUCAGUUAAGUAAGUUAAGUACAUUAGUAAUUCUAAACUAUAAACUAGACUAAAUUCUAAUAUACUAAGUAAUUUGCUAGGUUUAGGGCUUAGUUUGGUCUAGGCCUAGGCUUAAUACUAUUUAAUAAAUUUAAGUACAAAUAAAAAUCAUGUGUUAGUUAGUGUUAAUUUGAACUAUGACUCUCUAGACUAGUAUUAGUAUUCACUUUGGUAUCACCCGGAAACACCAAUCGGAAAAUCGGGUAUCAUUAUUUUGCCAAAAUGGCGACCUCCACUUUCCAAUUUUGCAUUUAUAUUCGAUUUUUGGUAUAAUAAUUAAUUCUACAUUUCUACAUCCGCCAAUUACUUAGUUCCAACAUCUGGCUUGUUCUAUUUAUUUUAUUGAGAAUUUAUUUGAUUUUUGUUUUUCGAGUUUUAAGUUAAAGCUUUGAAAAUUUAAGUUAAAAUUAGGUAAACUUUACGGCUGAUUGGGUUAACGGUAAGGCCUGCAAUGUGUUCCAUGGUAAAUAGGUCAUGGAGGUUCCCACUGGUCAUCUUCCAUCUUUAGCACCGUAAUCUAAAGUUUUCAAAGUUUGUGUUCACUUAAUGCAAGGUUUUGUUUUCUUAGGGUAAUAAGGGGAGAGACUGCAAUCAGGUUAGCACAAUGUAGAAUGAAUAAAACAGAGUAGGGUUAAACCUGAAAAAAGAAACGAACAAAGCAACAAACGUGUCGGCAGAAAGCCUUCGUCAGCGAAUAAAACAACAGAAAAAAUGGUAUAAAAAUAAGAAAUAUCACUUAGCUUGGACAUAGUAUCCGUGGGCAGCAAAAGAAAUGUGACAGAAAGUAAGUGAGGAAGAGAUUAAAUAGGGAAGAGCGAAAGAAAAGAGGAGAAAAAAGUCCACUGCGAUAGGUCAGGACGUGGAGGGGCGGAGCUAGGGUCAAGCUGUGAAAAGAGACAUGACAUUCAUCCCAUGUGGCGUCAGGGUACUAUAAGUCAGGAUAAGCCUGUGUUCCACAUUGACCCGACUGGGUGUGUUUGUGCUAGCCACGAUCGCACUAAUUGAAAUGUCCGUCUUGCCCUGGUGGUCGCUACUAUAGAAGUUUUUUGAGACGGGACACUGUUUAUCUUGUGUAAUGUUACGGAGGUGUUGGGUACACCUGUCAUAGAGACGGCGUCCAGUCUCCCCUAUAUACGUCAGCUGACAGCAGGUGCAGACUUUGGCGUAGACAACGUUGCGGCUUGUACAAAGGAAGCCAUCGCAUAUCUGAAAACUGCCCUUAGGGAAACUUAUGUGUUGAGUCUGGACGAGAAAAGGGCAAGUGUUGCAACGGCUGCGUCCACAUGGCUUUCGAAAGCUUUCUGCCGACACGUUCAUUGUUUUGUUCCAUUUCUUUUUUCAGGUUUAACCCUACUCUGUUUUGUUUUCUAAUUUUUUUAUUUUUGAAAGAUGGGGGGCGGGUUCUGGGGAGGGGCUCCCCUUCCCAGAAAAUCAUUUUGUUUCUUGUUUUGGUGUAUUGAACGUGGCAUGAAAAAUAUGAUGAAAUGUCCGUGUUCAGUCUUGCCAAGACUCUUGGGGUGUCAGGAAUGAUCUGUUUCUGUUUUUCAUUUCUUUUAAAACUUGUAAGUUGAUCGAGAAAGUUAUCACACACAUUUUUCAGGUCCAACAAUUGGUCUAUUCACUUAGUCUAGUGUUCAGAGUCCCCAAAGUGACGCCACUGCGCUUACAGUGAGGCAACUCUUGGCAAAACCCAUACCAUUAACCCAAAAUUUAGCAACUUUACUGAUCAAUAAUUGUUUUUGAAAAACUGAUCAAUAAUUUUAAAAAAAUAGGCUUCUUAAAUUUAUUGUCAUUUAUAACUUAUUCAAAAAUUAUGAGUGUAGACCAAAAAAUCAAAAACGAAAAUCAAGGAGAUCUCUUUUUUAGAAGUUCAUCCAGAAUGUACUAAAAAAGCAAGAAAAUAGGGAUUUCUUGGAUAUUUUUAAACUUGCAGUUAGUAAGCUAUGUAGUAUCAUAAUCAAAUUCAUAAACGCUCUUAUCCUUUUUUUUUUCAAGAGUAUACCAAUUCCUGUUUUAGCAUGGGGUUCCACUAUAUAUACAAUUUAUAGGCCAACAAAGUGAGUAGACACAAACAACAGAGGUAACAGAACACAGUCACAAGUGACAGAGUCAGAGUGUGGUACUGAAAACAUAAAAAAAUAAGAUUCUGUAAAUUAGUAGGAUAUAUAAUUAAGUUCAGGGCUAUAUUAUCUUAGCUAUUGAACUUAAUUAAGCUUUAUGGUUAGUUAAUAUAAAUUUCAGUGAGUGGUAUUUGGCUUUGUAACUUCUCAAUGUGCUAGAACUAGACUUAGAUAAUAAUACUUGAAAAAAGACUUUGUGUGUAUGAAACCUUUCCUUAGUCUUUAAAAAAAAAAUGUCAUUCAUAUUAUAAUAAAUUCCUUAAAUUUUUAAAUUUAAAAACGAUUUAAGUUGACGAAGGCUCUCAUACUUCGGUUUGUUCUAAUAAGACAAUAUUUUCCAUCAGCUCACAAUUUAAUUGACAUACUUGUCGCUAGGAUAAUGAUAACAGUAGUUGGAAUGACUAAUCCAAAAAAUAUAUGGGCAUGGUGUAUAUUAUAUUAAAGAUGUAAAAUAAAUUUAAAUUAAGUUAAUUUAACAUUUUACAUACUUACAGGUUCUUUAGCUUUCAAUUGUCAACUGUAGCACUAAAGUUACAGCAUUCUGUAAAGAUGUCUGUAAUGUUUCAAACCCUAACUCUUGAAGAAACUCAGGAACUUCGCUGGGAACUUCACUCACAGUUACCUGGGUCAGCAAAAGUGAGUUUAUAUAUACUGAUGGUCCAUGGCUCAAUUUUGCUCUCAACAUUUAUUUAAUUUUGAAUAUGCUUUCCUGGCAAAGCCACAAAAAAUGAAUUUCAUUAUUUUAAGUAUGAAAUUUAAAAAAUGUCUCCGUAAUUAAAGUUUUUGAGGAUGUAAAAAAAACAAUUAUUUAAAUUACAUACAAUUUUUUUUCUAAGUAAAAAAAAAUGUAUAGAUAUUCUCAGUUGUUAAAUUCAGUUUAGAUUUUAAAUGUCCUAGCUAGUAAAUAUAUUGUAAUUUUUAAUUCAUAUUAAGUUGGUUGUGUUAGUUUCUCUUUGUUUUAUAGGAAAUAGUUUGUUCCCUUAAAACAUUAUCCACGGAAUUAAUAAUACAGUCGUCUCUCAUUUAUCGCGCUUAAUGGAUUCCAGAUUCUACCGCAGUAAUUGAAAUUCUGCGAAGUAGGAUUCUUUAUUUAUGAAUUGAAUAUUUUCAUAGUUGGAGUAAAGAAAAAACCUUUUCAUGACCCUCAAAAUAUGGUAUUUAACAUUAUUAGACCCUCUGGGGGGGUGCUUGAAUAAAUAUGCCUAAAGUACAUGCGUACAGUAAUUUCCAUUUGAAUUGUAAUACAAGGGUGUAUUAUUGAUUCACACAACCGAGCACACGCUGUUUCAUUUUCACUAUCACGAUCAACUUUUUAAUGAAAACUGUUAUAUUUGAAACAAAAACGCAAUAGACCUGUGAAUGUCGAAGCGCGAGGGACAACUGUACAUAUAUAAAAAAAAAAUUGAAUCAAUUUUCUCCUAUUGCUUAGUACUUAGGCAAUCACACAUCCUGAAGUUAUUACAUUAAAAAUAUGAUGUAGAAGGACAAAAAUAUAUUGUCCUAGAAUCUAUAUGCAAUAAUAUUAUGUAUACAAUUUUAGACUGUCAAGUUGUUUGAGGUGCUAAAAAUGUGUGUCCGUAAUCUACAAAUAGUUAGCAAAUACAGUAAAGGUUUGCUCAGCUUUAAUAUUUUUAUUAUCUGAAUAAACUACAGAUCUACUACAUACUAUGCAACCACUUGGAGGAUUUGCUAACUGGAUUUGAAGUCAUUGUGGAUCAGUGGCCUCUAUGGAACUGUCUCAUACUUAGAUCUAAGACACCUGAUUCAGUAAGUAUAGGGCCAAAGUGUCAACAUAGAAAUUACUAUUUCCCUGUCAGAAAUACCAGUACAAGGAACUGCUAAUUACUUAUUAAUGAAAAUUCUGAACUUGACAAUAUAGUCACAAUCCAAGUCAGUGACUUAAGUGUCUUUUUGCAUUUUAAUUGUAUUUCUAUUUUGUUCACUGCAGGUGCCUAGUUAUUUCAAAAAUUACUACAUGUGUCAUACCCGUAGCAUAAAAGAUUUCAAGUUUUUUAUACAGCGGCCAUGUGUAGUGGACUGGAAGAAACCAGCAAUUUUCACAGGUACUGUAACUAAUCUUUGUAAUAUUUGUAGAGCUAUUGAAAACUGGCUGAAGUGGAACCUUCUUAUGACAUAAAGAAGAAGGUUCAAUUUAGGGGGAAAUGAUCAAAAGAUUAUUGACUGCUUAGUGCAAACUCACACACUUUUGAAGCCAUUAAAAAGAAGAAAAAAAACUUGGUGUAUGAUUUAAUGGGUGGAGGAGGUUAAUGGAAGGAAGCAUAAAAGAGUGUUUGUUUACUUAUAAUCUUUGUAACAGAACAAGCCAUAAUUUGGUGGUUAGAAGGAUAAAAUAGCAGUUGUUUUUUUCCUCCUGUUUUUUUUUAUAAUGAAAUAGCAUAGAAUUAUUGUUUAACAAAUACUUAAUCAUUACAAUACACAAAAGAUUUUAAAAAAUGCAAGUAGGCAAUAUUCAAUGAUAACAUUUUGAACAGGGGUUCCUUAUGAUGUUGUGGGAUUAAUUCAAGAAAAGGGCAGAAGAGAACUCGGAGAAGUCACUUCAGUGGAACACAGAUUCAUGUACGCAUGGAUGAAACCAGAUCCCCCUGAACCGGCUGUGUAAGUUAACAUUUGAUUUUUCUGGUUGUACUUCCUUAACUUGGAUGAAAUUCUUGCAAAUGUUAUGAGCUAAUCCUCUCGGCAUGUUUUUUUACUUCAAGCAUACAAGUUUAAAUUGCUAUUGUGGGGAGGAUAUGUCAAAUGUGACUUGAAAGUAUUUGAAUACAAGUAUUUUAAAUAUUUUUUUUUUUCAACAACUAUCAGCGCUAUUCUUCAAUGUCUCAAAUUUUUACAAUUUACAAACUAAAAAAGUGUUGAACGCUCCUUGCAAAGAUUGAGAAAUUUAAAAUAGAUGUUUAAUCCAGCCUCUAGAUUUCUUGUAUCAUCUCAGCAUACUCUAUUAUUUGAACAUAAGCUGUGUCAUCGUUUUUUUUCCCAGAGUUCCAGAGCACCUGAAGUUGACAGUACUGAAAAGGGAACAUGCUGAAACUGUCUGUGAUCACUGGAAGCACUAUCGCACGAAUGAUGGUCUUGUGGAGUACUUUCGACAAGUUAUUGAAAACUUUGACAGCAGUGCCAUCGUCACUAAAGAAGGUCGUCUGGUUGCCUAUAUAUGCAUGCAGUAUAAUGGAGCAAUGGCCAACCUUUUUGUGGAUCCAGAAUUUCACGGUGACAACCUGGGUGUGGUUCUCCUGAGGGACCUGACCCGCAAGCUCUUGGACAAAAACCUGACAGUCUACGGUUUCAUCAAAACUAAGGAUGCCUCAUUUAUAACCACAUGUCAGAGCAUCGGGUUUUCAUGGGUGCCUCAGGGCAGCAUGUCUUGGGUCCACUAUCGCCCACUCAAUAUAACACCAAACUCUGGUAUACCAAAAAUUCCAUCAACAAGCAAAAUAACAGGCGGCAGUGGGGAAGGUACAGUUUAUGAGAAGGAUUUGUUUCUAAAUGCACUGCCACUCUCCUGUAAUGAGUGCUCUGGAAUUCCAGCUAUUGGCAAGUCAGCCUGUGUACAUGUAAGCCUCAGUUAAUUUAGUCCACGUUGCUUGAAACCCAUUCUUUCAUUCUAAAUCUCACAGGUUUUGAUGCUGUGUUAAGAAAUAUUUCUCAUGAAAAAAAUGUUGGGG